CCCAAGGCUCCCAUGAACAGACAUCGAAUCAGAGGUGCCGCGGAUAGCACACAUGCUUCCUUCGUCUCGAGGUCGGCGUAAGCGUCGGCCGGAUGGAGACGCGGAGCAAGACGGCGUCAAGCAUAGACAGGGAAGGCGCUGGAAGCAGACUGGGUUCCGGCCCGCCCUCAGUAACAGCAUACAGAACUAAAAAUCAAGGCCCCUCGAACCAGGAGGGCGCUUGAAAUAGGAAAUAGACUACGACAUGACGCAAUAAAUCACAAAUAUCAUGCUUCCAGCGACUCCAACUCACGCCCGCCCUCGUUAUCCUACCCUCUCCUGUGUUCCCACCCUGGCGGGGGCAUGGUGAACACCCAGAAUGCCUGGCCCAGACAGCACAUGGCGAGAACGAGACACGCCGGAGACCUGAGGCGGACUAUAUCUCAUCGCAGCCCCCAGGUGACCGAGAUGCCCCGGGCCCUGCAGCGCAGCCGCGUCCACGGGCCCGAAGCGGCCGCCAAACUCCACCGACAGAACGGAAGAUGCCGCGAAUGCCCAUGAAAACGUUCGAAGAAGAAGCGCAGGCCGCGGCAGGCGUCUGGCGCUGGUGGCGGGACUGCCCAAAAGCUACGACAUGGACCUAAUGCUGCCAGAGAGGAGAAACGAGUCGGCGUGCCAAGGGAAGGAGGACGAAGAGGUGGACGGGGGGGUGGAAACAAGAGGAACAGGAAGAGACGGGUACGCGGGCGAGGGGCGUGAGCAAAGCAGCCCCUCCCUCAUCCUGUCGUUCUUCGGGCUCUUGCUCGGUGCUCGGCAUCCGGGGGCCGCGCCUGUUCAGAUGCUGGUGAGACAGGCGCGCCCCGCUCGGGAGCACCAGCCGCGCGCCCCCUCGGCCCCUGGAGGCCCGCGCGCGGGGCUCGAGCCAUACACGGGACGGGCGGGCGGAGGGGACGGAGGACGAGAACAAGACCAUGGGUCAACAACUCCGGACACGAGGGGCG